UCUCCCUUUUGAUCUGGUGAUGGAAAGCAUUGGCAGAUCCAUUGAUGGAUCAGAAGCGUCGUUUCCAGCAGCGUCUGAGCACUUGUGUGGCGAACCUGGAGGCGCACUCGCCGGCUCUGGCGAAAGAUCCCGACGAGAUAGCCCGUCGGCUGCAGGAGAGCUAUCCCGACUACAAGCGGAAGAAGGUGGGAGCCCUCAAGCAGUGGGUCAAGGACGCUAUGGCAACAACAGCCACAGCACGUACUGCUGCUGACGGUGGUGGUGGCAAGAAGGACACGCACGCCGACAACAACUCAUCACUGACACCGGUAGGCACACAUGCAUUCGAUGGGUGAAGAAUGAAAGAAAACUCACUCUCAUUUGUGUGUGUGUGUGCGUGUGUGUGUGUCUGUGUGUGUCAGGCCAACCCAGUUGUGUCGACGGCGUCCAACAACGACCAGAUGACCGUCGACCUGACCCACGACAAGCCCCCCUCCCCCUCCCCAUCCAACAGCAGCGGCCUCAUCAACUCAUCCCUACGCACACUCUACCAGCAGCCACAGCCACAGCCAAAGCAAGACGACACACAAGACGGCUCCAAGCCCCAGCAGCCGCCCGCCAAAAAGGCGCGUGUGGGCGAUGGGAGCGAGGGCGAGAGGCGGAAGGACAGACGAGGUCGGCGGAGAGAGAUGGAUGGCGCGAUGAUGGGAUCGUCGGACCGGUCGUUUGCCGCGCCCAUCCCUGACGUGACGCUGCAGGAUAUGGGCGGAAUCGACAAGUAGGUGCCGUCAGCAACGCACAAGACAAAGACAGAGGUCAGACGUCCAUCUGUGUGUGGAUCAGAGUGCUGGAGUUGAUCCGUGAGCUGGUCAUCUACCCCCUGGUGCAUCCGGAGGUGUUCCGCCACCUGGGGGUGCAGCCAGCCACCGGUGUGCUGCUCCACGGCCCGCCCGGCUCGGGCAAGACGCAGCUCGCCAACGCCAUCGCCGGCACGGCAAAGGUGCCCUUCUUCAAACUUGCCGCCACAGAGAUCGUCUCGGGCAUGUCUGGUGAGCAUGCAGUCGUCUCUAGCCCCCAAGUACAUUCAUUUGUGUGUGUGUAUGUGUGUGUGCAGGUGAGUCGGAGGCGUUGGUGAGGAGUUUGUUUGAGGCUGCCCGUGCGUCGGCGCCCUCCCUGGUGUUCAUCGACGAGAUCGACGCUGUGUGUCCGAAGCGGGAGAACGCCGCUAGAGAGAUGGAGAAGAGGAUCGUGGCGCAGAUACUCAGCUCGCUUGACGAACUGGUGUGUAUAGGCAAAUCCAUGUCCUGGUCCCACCAUCGUGUUUUCUCUAUUUGUCUCUCUCUCUCUGUGUGAGUGUGACUGUGCAGGGUGGGUCGUUUGUGAUAGUGUUGGGCGCGACGAACCGCCCAGACGCCCUCGAUCCAGCUCUGAGGAGGGCGGGAAGGCAAGCAUGAAUACAUUCCAUGGAUGGCGACCCCCCUCCCACAGACAGGCUCAUGGUUGAUGUCUGUUUCCAUAUGUGUGUGAUAGGUUCGAUCGCGAGAUAGCCAUGGGCAUCCCAGACGAAACGGCGCGCGGACGGAUACUACAAGUAUGCCAACACACCCUUGAUGCCAUUCGUUCAUCGGCCUUCCUCUGUCGUGUGUGUGGCGUGUGUGUCAGGUGUUGAGUCGUGGGCUGCGUCUGGCGGGCGAUGUGGACUUCACGAGGCUGGCACGGCUCACGCCGGGAUUUGUGGGCGCCGACCUGUCAGCAGGUGGGCGGAGAGGGACCAAUGAACGGCUGGCUGGGAGGGAAGACGGCGUCUGUGUGUCUGUGUGGUGUGUGUAUCAGUGAUGAAGGAGGCGGCUCUAUUUGCCAUCAAGCGUGUGUUCAGCCAGCUGGACCCCAACAAGCCCACAUACAGCCAGGACGAGCUCAGCUCACUCGCCAUCCAGGAACAGGACUUCGAGCACGCGAUAGAGUGCGUGCAGCCGUCCGCCAGACGGGAGGGAUUCACCACCAUCCCCAACAUUACAUGGGAACAAGUCGGCGGACUCCAAGCGCUCAAAAAGGUAACAAUCCCCCGGCCGCCGCCGCCGCUUUCCCAAUCACAUGCACUCUCAUUCUCUCUCUGUGUGUAUGUGUGUGUAUAUGUGUUUGUGUGUGUGUCCAGGAGCUCACCCUCUCCAUCUGCGAGCCCAUCCGCCGGCCAGAGAUCUUCCACCGGCUCGGUCUCGACAUCCCCGCAGGCGUGCUGCUGCACGGGCCCCCCGGCUGCGGCAAGACACUGUUGGCCAAGGCGGUGGCCAAGGAGAGCGGGGCCAACCUGAUCGCCAUCAAGGGCCCCGAGCUGCUCAACAAGUAUGUGGGCGAGAGCGAGAAGGCUGUGCGUGAGGUGUUCCAGCGGGCGAGGGUGUCGGCGCCGUGCAUCAUCUUCUUCGACGAGCUGGACUCGCUGUGCCCCAAGAGAUCGGCUGAAGGUCGGUGGCUGGGAUGGAUGGAUGGAUAGACCGUUCUGUGUGUGUGGUGACAGGCACGUCUGCGAGCGAGAGGGUGGUGAAUCAGCUGCUCACAGAGAUGGACGGCAUCCUGGUGUGUAUGUAUCCUGUGGAGACGAUACGCGAACCUACACCACAUCCACCUUCCCGCUCUCUCCCUCUCUCCCUCUCUCGUGCGUGUGUAGGAACGUCGUGAGGUGUACGUCAUCGCAGCCACCAAUCGUGCCGACCUCAUCGACCCAGCCAUGCUUAGACCAGGACGGCUGGACAAGUAACCAACUAACCGACAUUCGCAGACACACAUUAAGGGUCCUAAUUGCGCUCCCUCCCCUCUGCCUCAGGAUCUUGUACGUGCCUCUGCCCGACAUCCACGGCCGCGAGGACAUUUUGCGGCGGCUGGCCAUCAAAACCCCCUGGGCAUCUGACGUCACACUCGACAAAAUCGCUCACCAAACUGACGGGUCAGUCAGCCACGCACCUAAAACGCCAUUCCUUAUGUGCACGCGCGUGUGUGUGUGCGUGCAGGUACAGCGGUGCCGACCUGCAGGCGGUCAUUCGCGAGGCCACCCUGGCAGCGCUCGAGCAGUGGUCGGCGGACACAGACAGAGAGGGUCAGGGGCAGGAGGGUCGGGAGGGGGGUGAGAUCGAGAUAGGUUGGCCGGCCAUCGAGAGGGCUCUGGCCAAGGUGAAGCCCUCGGUGUCUGCGGCGCAGCAGGUGUUCUACAAGGAGGCCGGCGGCGGGGCAGCAGGCGGACAAAGGAGUUGACAGACAGACAGACAGACAGACAGACAGACAGAAGGCCGGACAGAUAGACAGACAGACAGACAGACCAACGGACAGAUCCUCUUAUCCGUUUCGGUUUUUGUGUCUUCUUGACCGAGAUUCAUGCUGCCAUAUUUUGUAUGUGUACAGUCAGUCAAUGCCGUCCGUCCUACUAUUGUUGCUCACGGUAUGAAUGCUAUCCAUUCACCUGUCCCCACAGCAACUCAGCACAUUCCUUCUCUAAGUUCAGACGUUCGUAGAUUUCGCUGCUAGUUGUUGUGUCGGUGGAUGGGGUCUGCUCAGACACAGAGAGACGCUCGUGUUCGUUCCCGUGCGUUGAAGGCUUUGGAUGCGUCUUGAUGUUCGGACAGGGGUGUUGAUAAUUAAUCGCAC